AUGAAGAACCUCGACAACCUCAGCCUUGACGACAUCAGCCAUGCGGUCCGGAAAAUCACAACCUGCAGGGACACAGGUUCCUUUCACAACCUAGAUAUGUCUUCAGCCAGCUCAGUUUCAAGACUGCACCGCAAGGUGGUUGACCUCGCCGACGUUUGCUUUCGCGAAUGCGCCGAAACCCGAGAGCAGAACUUCGCCCCGUUCCGAGACUCCCUGACCAAGCGACAGCUGUCCAAAACCGAACAGAUUCGGAUUCAACAAUCUAUAUACCUCUUCGAGAUUCUACGAAUCUUCUGUCAAGAGAUGUAUGUGGGGGGAGAUCAGCCCCAGGCUUACUACGUCGACCUCUACUUUAAGCUUGGAGAACUGCAUCUGAACUUGACGGAAAACACGCUGGCGCCAUGGGAGAUGUACCAGGUGAUUGCAAUCCAGUCCUUCUUCAGACGAGUGUUGCACGGCUUUGGACGAGAUGAGUACCGCAGCGAGCGGGUGAUGCCCGGCUUUCUGAGUUAUGGGAUCCCUUUCCUCCACAAAGCCAUCUGCGAAACCGAUCCUUCGGAGCGCGACAGUUUCCUCUCUCAGCAUGAGCAAGACAUUCUUGAAAAGCCAAUACAUGGAAUUGGCAUGGUGAUUUCCAGGGGUGCUAGACACACAUGGACCCGCAAACCGCUUAAGCCUCUCGACGAGUAUAAACCAUUUUGGACCGGCGACGUGGCGGGCAUUCGGAUGUGGAAAAGGAUCGAGGCCAAACAACUUACCAUGUCCACCGACGACCCCGUGUGGUCCGACAUGUUCGACUACGAACUAUUGCGCUUGGAAGGCCGUCUUGAUCUUUGGAGCGCUGCGCUAUGGGAUGAUGCUCGCUGGGAGGACAUCGAGCCAACACUCCGUCUUCCUGAGCCAGAAUGCUGGGCUGGAAUCCAACAUCACUCUGAGCCGAUGGAAAUGACGUUUCACCUUGCAAGACAUCCGGAUAUGGCCUGGAUGCGACAUGAGAGUGUGGAAGGUUGAGAUGACGAGCUUCUGUUGGAGAGUUGAUGUUUUUGUUUACACCGAGGGAUCUUGUUCGCUCUUUCGGAUAUUGUUGGUAGUGGCGACCAAACAAGCAUGCGUAGGUCAGAUGCCAGAAUUGACAUGGUACAGGAAUCAGGGUAAGUUGGACGGAAGAGUGUGUUUGGCGCAUACACGCUGGUGCCGUAGAGAUAAUGCAGUUGCAUUUUGUUUCAAUCACUUUGGUCAUGUGGGUUUGAUCUGCGGAAAUCAUGAUCCCGCUUGCCGUUGGACCUCCCACGAUGAAAACAGAACUCUGUGUUUGUUAUGGAAACUUGGCCGGCAUUUUCGUGAGUGGAAUCCAAAGAUGAUGCUUCAAAAUUUGGCUUUGUCAAGAAAGGGGAUUCUAUUUUGCAAGCUCUAGCACAAAAUUAUUGGCUGGUACGCACGGAAGUUUGCUAAGCUCUUAACUUCAUCUGUAUCAAUAUACUUCGCAUGAAUCCGAUCAACGAG